UUUAUUUGAAUGUAUUUAUAAUUAUAUUAGUAAUAACACUGAUUCUACUAAUAAUCACUGAUUCCAUGAAUAAUCACUGAUGAUCCCUAUUAUAAGUAUAACACUGCAAAUUAGUAAGGUUUCAUUGAUUCAGAUUUAAAGAGUAAUAUUUGUUUCAUAGAAGGCAUAGUGAUCGUCGUACAAUAAAUUUAUUGAUGUAAUAUCGUGUGCUAUCUAUUAACCCAUCACAAUUGAUUAGGUCGAGCGUCUUUCAUUUAAGCGCGUACAGCAACGUACAAUCUCUUAGAUCGUGAUUUUAUCUGUCGCUAAACUAAAGCAGAGAAACUCUCGGCAUCAUGAAACAUGUUAUAACUGCAAAAUGUUUUCUAAAUGGUUGAAUCACUUUUUGCGGUGAUAUUGUUCCAUUUCUUUCAACUUGGAAUUAUUAAAAUCAGAGCGAUGGACGACUUCGAAUUUAGUGGUCAUUACAUUGAUACAAUAGGUGACUUUAAACAACUUCCAUUAAGAGCGUUUCGCUUUUUGCGCGCAAGAUGUCAUCUGCUCCAAUCUGACGUAAAUGACGACACUAUUUUAAGACAUAAUUUUCAUCGUGGGGGAGCAAAGGAAGGUCAAAAACUUGUUUUUUAUUUUUCGCGAGUGUUAUAAGAACUACUGGUAGUAUCUGCGAUGGAGUAUUCUUGAAACCAGUGUAACGUUGUUCACAUUUUACCCAAGAAGUCGAUUAUAUUAACAAUUUCUGAGGACACAACUUUUUGAAUUGUGUUUUGUGUAAAGCAACUGAAAUCUAAUCGUGUUUUGUAAUGCACUGCAACGUAAAGUAUUUAAUUUAAUUAAUUUAAUAAAAAACAUCUAAAUCUAAUAAACAUAUAAGAAUAAAAUAAUUUGAAAUAAAAUAAUUUGACGUAAAAAUUUGUAUUACCUGCAAGACUUACAAAUAACAUGUUUAUUGAAUUUUAAUAAUAAAACAGUUCAUAAAGUUAGAAUAAAAGUUAGAACAAAUUUCGGAAGUACGACAAUCACUAUGCCUUACAUCGAGUCAAUCGGUGGUGACUCCAAAGAAGACUCUAAAAAUCUCCAGUUGGCUACACUUACUGAAGAUUACGCGAUCAAAUCGAAAAUUGCGUGUUCGAUCUGGGUGGAAAAGAAAAAUGAUCGGUCCACCCGGAUGUUGGCUCGCUUUCUUAGCACUCGAGAUCAAGAUCAAGCAACAAACGCCGAAGAUGUAUUAUUUGACAUGUUUAAGAAUGAGGAGACUGGUCUUAUAUCAGUGGGGCAAUUUUUAGCUGCUCUAAGGAUAACCGGCUUGCGGAAGACUGAUCCUCGACUUCAAGAAUUUAUAGACAAUCUUAAGAAAGAGCACGCCAAAAAUAAUGAUCGUGCCAAGGCUAUAUCACACGAAACACAGAAACUAGAUAGAGAACAAUUUAGAAAAAUCAUAAAUGCCAAUAUUGUUCUGAUCUCGCGAGCAUUCAGGCAUCAGUUCAUAAUUCCUGACUGGUCAGGCUUUACAAAGCAUAUCGAGGAUUUUUAUUGGAAAUGCAAGACGAACACCGAGGGCAAGGUCGCCUCCUAUAUACCGCAGUUAGCCAGGAUGAAUCCGGAAUAUUGGGGCGUAUCCGUGUGCACCAUCGACGGCCAGCGAUUUAGCAUUGGCGAUACCUCAAUACCGUUCACCCUUCAAAGCUGCAGCAAACCUUUGACCUAUGCGAUAGCCUUGGACAGGCUGGGUCAGGAAGUGGUGCAUCAAUACGUUGGUCAAGAGCCGUCCGGUAGAAAUUUCAACGAGCUCGUACUCGAUUAUAGUAAAAAGCCACACAAUCCGAUGAUCAACGCCGGCGCGAUAUUGGUUUGCUCGCUUCUGAAAACGUUAGUCAAACCGGAAAUGGGUUUGGCAGAGAAAUUCGAUUUCGCGAUGAAUUAUUUCAAACGACUGGCCGGUGGUGAAAAUCUCGGGUUUAAUAACGCCGUUUUCCUGUCGGAGCGAGAGGCAGCCGACCGAAAUUAUGCUUUAGGAUUUUACAUGAGGGAGCACAAGUGUUAUCCAGACAAGACGAAUCUACAGGAAGUUAUGGAUUUCUAUUUUCAGUGCUGUGCUAUGGAAGCAAAUUGUGAGACGAUGGCAGUAAUGGCAGCAACCCUAGCGAAUGGUGGCAUUUGUCCGAUUACCGAGGAAAAGGUCUUAAAACCAGACAGCGUCCGUGAUGUUCUGAGUCUUAUGCACAGCUGCGGCAUGUACGACUAUAGUGGACAAUUCGCAUUUAAAGUUGGCAUACCGGCGAAAUCUGGUGUAUCAGGAAGCCUUCUCGUGGUAAUACCAAAUGUCAUGGGAAUUUGCACGUGGUCUCCACCCUUGGAUCCGCUUGGCAACUCCUGUCGAGGUGUGCAGUUCUGUGAAGAGCUAGUGAACGAAUUUAAUUUUCACAGGUACGAUAAUUUAAAGCACGCGACAAACAAGAGAGAUCCUAGACGACACAAAUACGAAACGAAAGGUCUCUCGAUCGUUAAUCUUCUGUUCAGCGCUGCCAGUGGUGACGUCACAGCGAUGAGAAGACAUCGAUUGAGUGGGAUGGACAUGACAUUGUCGGAUUACGACGGCAGAACGGCGUUGCACUUGGCCGCCAGCGAAGGUCAUCUGGAUUGCGUCGAGUUUCUGAUCGAACAUUGCGGAGUCCCACAUGAUCCCAAGGAUAGAUGGGGCAAACGACCGGUCGACGAAGCCGAGACUUUCGGGCACAUGCAGGUAGUGGAGUACUUGAACAACUACGCUCUCGUCCAUAAGACCGAGCUAGAGAACAAGCAGAACGAGUCUAUCGAUGAUGACAAUGACUCGUGUCGAAAACCGCCGGAAACGGCGGUGCAGUCGUGAACAAUAUACGACGACAAAUUUAUGUAAAAUUAGAGUGAAUCGAGAACGAGGGCAGUAAUGAGGAAGAUGUGAAAGAAGCUGUCGAUCAAAAGAAGUAAGAUAACAUAUCGAUCAUAGUAAUAGUAGAACGAGGUCACAAAGAAAUUUUAAAAGCCUUUAUCUUAUUAUAUUUAAUGUGGGUAUUUUCCAAUGUUAGUGAUGACUAUUAUUCACAAACUUUAAUAAAUUUAACGAAUUUUCAUCAACUUUAAACGGACAAUAACGGGGAACAAUAAUUUUAUCUUAUUUUUUGAACGCAUGACCUCGUUCUAUUUACGCGCGAUAGAAUUAUCUUAACAUUGGGCAGCAUAUUCAGAUUAAAAGAACUGUGAUUAAUAUUACGUAUGCGUCUUUUUCCAUAAUUUUAGUUUAGUACUAAAAGACUAUGAAACUCGUAUGUUUCAUUACUUCAUUAAUUUAUAUUUUACUCAAACCUCGUAUCUUUCAUUAUUGAUCAUACAUUCGUUCUUUAAGAUACACUUAUUUUUUCAUGUUUUAACUGUAUAUACAAUAGAAACUUCUAA